AUGAUCGACAUAGGCGUAAACAACUUUCACGGAUCUAUUCCAACUGAAUUAGGACAUCUCUCAAACCUGCAAGAGUUGUACCUUAGCUUUGACAACCUUAGCGGUGAAAUUCCAAUGUCCAUCUUUAAUAUCUCCACGUUACAAGUUCUUGCGCUCACCGGAAACUCUCUCUCCGGCAGCCUUCCAACAGAUAUGGCCGUCAGGCUCCCAAAUCUGCAAGGAGUCUUUCUUGGAAGUAAUCAGCUGACAGGACCAAUUCCCAGCUCUAUUUCAAAUGGAUCAGUACUUAAAGCAAUUGAUCUUGGUUACAACUUUUUUGAUGGAAAUAUACCUAUGACUCUUGGGAAUUUACUCCAGCUGAAGAUUAUAAUGCUUGAAGGAAACCAAUUGACAAAUGAUCCCACUAAGACUGAAUUGGAGUUUCUUACUGCAUUGACAAACUGCCCGAGAUUAAAUACCAUACAAAUCGGCUAUAAUCCGCUAGACGGAGUUCUUCCCAGAUCCUUCAUGAGCUCAGGCAACCUGUCGGCUUCUCUUGGAAAAUUUCAUGCCUCCGGUUGUGGCCUAAAAGGCGUGAUUCCUACAGAAAUCGGUAACUUCAGCAACUUAUACUGGUUAAGCUUGGCUAGAAAUAAUCUUACAGGGCAAUUUCCAGACACAAUUGGGAACCUGAGAAUUCUGCAAAGAUUUCAAGCAAAUGAAAAUGGAAUUCAAGGUAGAAUACCAAGUGGUUUGUGCAAUUUGGAGGGUUUAUACGAACUAAAUUUGAGCAAGAACAAGUUCUCGGGAGAAUUACCGAGUUGUUUGGGAAAUAUUUCUUCGUUGAGAGAGAUUUAUUUGGACUCCAAUGCUUUAGCUUCAUCCUUGCCAUCAAGUUUUUGGAAAAAUAAGGAUGUUUUGGUUGUGAACUUGUCAUCCAACUUCUUGUAUGGUGCUAUAGGUCAAGAAAUUGGAAGUGUUGCUGGAUUGAGACAGUUAUACUUAGGUUGGAAUAAUUUUUCUGGUGAGAUUCCAACUAGUAUUGGGGGACUUCAAGAGUUGGUCAAUCUUUCAUUGUCAAUGAACAUGUUAGAUGGCUCAAUACCAGAGGAAUUUGGAGACCUAGUUAGCUUGGAAUACUUGGAUCUAUCCCACAACAAUAUCUCCGGCAUAAUCCCCCCGUCGAUGGAGAAACUAGGUCACCUUGUCUAUUUAAAUCUCUCUUUCAAUGAGCUAAGUGGUGAAAUCCCAAAUGGAGGGCCUUUCCAGAACUUUUCGGCAGCCUCAUUCAUCGGCAACAACGCUCUAUGUGGAGCGGCACGUUUCAAUGUCAUGGCAUGUAAAGCAACAGAAUCAAGAAAGCCAAGGAGAAAUAGGGUUUUGAUAUAUGUUCUGCCAUUUUGUGCAUUUUCAGUGUUGAUCAUUGGUUUAUUAACUUGGAUACUGAUAAGAUUCAGGAAGAAGGGGUACAAGCUUCAAGUUGAGAGCGGUAUCGCGCUUAGACAGAGGAUUUCAUACCUAGAAAUUCUUAAAGCGACAAAAGAGUUUGCUGCAGACAACUUAUUAGGGAGUGGAAGUUUCGGCAAGGUGUACAAAGGAACGUUUCUUGAUGGAGUGGUAGCCGCUAUAAAGGUAUUCAACUUAGAUGUUCAAGACGCAAUCAAGAGCUUUGAUAGAGAAUGUGAAGCAAUGCGCAAUAUUCGUCACAGGAAUCUAGUUAAGGUGAUCAGCAGUUGCUCGAAUGAAGACUUUAAGGCCAUAAUAUUUGAAUAUAUGCCGAAAGGAAGCCUUGACAAGUGGCUCUACUCUGAAAAUAAUUUCUUGGACAUGAAACAAAGACUGGGAAUCAUGAUCGAUGUGGCAUCUGCACUCGAAUAUCUACAUCACGGUUAUUCUUCUCCGAUGGUUCAUUGUGAUCUGAAGCCGAGUAACAUUCUUUUCGAUGAAAAUAUGGUCGCACGCCUAGGCGAUUUUGGUAUAGCCAAACUUUUGGGAGGAGAGGAAAUAAAGGUGCAAACUAAGACACUUGGUACCUUGGGAUACAUGGCACCAGAAUAUGGGUCAGAAGGUAUGGUUUCCACUAUGGUUGAUGUUUACAGUUAUGGGAUCCUUUUGAUGGAAAUAUUUACUGGGAAAAAACCCACGGAUGAUAAAUUUACGGGGGAUUUGACCAUGAAGAAGUGGGUGUCUGAAUCAUUACAGGAUGAAAUUAUGGAGAUUGUUGAUGCUAAACUAGUUACGAUGAUGAAUGAAGCAGAGUUGGAUGCUAAGAGUAAGUUAUUCAGGUUAGUCAUGACUUUGGCCCUGGAAUGUACUGAAGAUUUGCCAGAGAAUAGAAUUGAUAUGAUGAAUGUGCUGGCAAGAGUCAAGAAGAUCCAAGCUCAAGUUCAUUAG